GAGAAACUACAAAGAGUUACUUCAUAUGAAACUCCAAACAAUGAGACUGACACAACUCCAUUUCAUGAGACGGCUUCCAGACAAGGUGAAGCCAAUGCAGAUCAAGCAGAUGAACAACUUAACAAUGAGGAUACACGAGAGCCUAUGAAUGAGAUCACGAAAGAGACACCUGGUUCUCCAAUAGCUCAACAGAAUAUUGAGACUCCAGUCCUUACUCCAAUUCAGACGCAGCAGGAGACUCACGAGCUUAUGAAUGAGAUCAUUUCACCAAACAUUUCCGACACACAGCCAAAUACCCGAGCUCGCAGAAAUCUUUUAACAGAGCAAAAUAAGGAUGUAGAAAGCAGAGUUCAAAAUCCCUUUGAGAUCGGAGCAAAUGUGGAGAUUUCAUCACAAGAUGACAAUACUUGUCAUAAAUGGUAUCCAGGAAAUGUGUUUGGCAAAUAUUUGGUUGAUGGGGUUGAGAUGAAGAGGAAAAGGAGUGUUGAGACACGUGUAUCAAUUGACAGAAUACGUCCUCAACCACCACCUGAGAGAUCUGGAGCGAAGAAAAGUUAUGAGCUAAUGCAGGACGUGGAGGCGUUCGACAAUGGUGCCUGGUGCGCUGGAAAAGUUAAAGUCAUUUUGUUUGAUGGCUCGUGUUUUGUCUCUUUGAACAAUUCUAAAGAACAAAUUUACUUCCACCAUUCUGAGAUGCGAAAACCAAGAAAAUGGGUAGAUGGUGUUUGGGAGAUGACAAAAAAGAUGGAAGAAGAGCAGACGCAGAGUGUGAAUCCAAGUGAAGGAGAUGGUGAUAAAAAGGGGAAGGCGAAGGCUGUCGCUUGUAAGAAAAAUGAAGCAGCUGGUCCAUCAGAAGAUGGUGUUGGGAAAAUGGCAAAAGAGAUGGAAGUAAAGCAGGGUAAGAGUGUGAAACCAAGUCAAGACGAUCAUGCAAAAAAGGGGAAGCCACAUGUUGGUAAGAAGAAGAAAGCAAAUGCUCAGCCAGUAGAUUUGCUUCCUUUUCUACAGCGAGAAGAGAAGAGGCCAAUACGACCUAGAAACCCUCCUAUACCUGUAACACCUGAGGUAAUCCUUCCAAUUGAUCCAUUUGUGACACCUGAAUUUCCUCGGUUUUCAAGGCUUACACACUGGAUGGAUCUACGGGGCAUAUAUCGUGUGUAAGCAACUUUUUGUCCUCGCAUAAAUAUUCCUAAUUUAUUUUGUAAAAGUUUCGAUUGAUACUAGUUAAUUUUAUCAACUACAGACCGUUUUAUAUCAAUGGAAAAGAAUUGAAAAAGAGUUCUUUCAAAAAAUGGACGAUGCAGAAAACAAUCUCAACAAAGAGGUAAUCAACACUCUGUUCUGUCUUCUAUUUGAUUGUGUGAUAUGUUUAGGAAGAGGUUGAGUUGAGCUAUGCUAGAUGUCCAUGUUAUAGCAGUUCUAUAUGAAGUUUCUAACUAUAUUGUUACAUUGGCAGCACAUAAAUGUUGCAUUUGAAAUGCUAAAUUGUAAGAGGGUUGAGCAAGGUGCUUGGUUCCGCAACAACAAUCUUCCACCAGCAUGCUUUGUACCAGUCAAAUUCUUAGAAGUGGUUGGGUACGCUUAUGAAUCUGUCAGGAAGCCACAUAAGAAAAAAAAAAGUUAUUGGAGGGCUGUGUAGGCGAACUUGUGAAAGGUUUAAUACAUCCAAAGAAGGUAUGGCUGGAAGAUGUUGAUGUUAUAUAUGGUGUCAUUGAAGAUAAGUUGAGCUGUCACUAUAUUGGGGUGGAGAUACAAUUGAUGGACAACACAAUCACACUCUUCCAUUGUGGUCUUCCAAAAGCAAAUAUCAAACGUGCUCUUAAUCAAAUCCAAGAACUGGCAGGUAAAA